AUGGCAGAUGAAUUUACAAAAAAAAUAUUAAAUGAUUGGAAUUUGGGGAUGCUGAUUGAAACAUUUGAAGAUGAAGGGGUAGACAGAGAAGCAUUGAUAAAUCUGGAUGAAGAUAUGAUCAAAACAUUGAUCCCAAAAGUCGGUUACCUAUCAAAAUUUUUAAACAAAUUUAACUUGUUUAAAAAUAGUAUUACUGUUCCAGUGUUAGAACUAUCCAGUCAAAAUGAAAUAAACAUUGCUGAUAUUAAUGUUAUUGAAUUUGAACCUCUUGAGGGUAUAAGAAAUGAUUCCACAGUUAACCAAGAUCCUGUUCUCCCAACAUCACAAUCUCCCAAAGUGUAUAUACAUCCUAGAACUACUGGAAGUAAUAAUGGUAAUAUAAAAAAUAUACUACAAAAGUCCCAAGAGGGAAAUAUGAUAAUAAGACUUUAUGAACAAAAUAAUAUAUGCAAUAUGAGUAUGAGAAGUAAAAUGGUGAAGUUAAUUAUUGAUCAUGAACUAAAAAAAAGUUUAAAUGAGACAUUAUCUUCAGCCCAAAUUCAACAGUUAGCAAAGGAGAUUGUUGAAUGUUUUGAAACAGAAUCGGAAUUCAUUUAUUAUACACCAUUUCAAAAAAUAAAUAAAAAUAUUAAAUUAGCACGAGGUAAAUUAUGGGACCGUUACUGCAAUGUACGAAAAGACAUUCGGAAGUUACAAAACAGCUCUAAAGUAAAACCAAAUACAUUAUACGAAACCAUCGAAGCAAAUGAAGUUUUGGAUGAUAUGAUAAUUUGGCUAAGAAAUAAUGAUGAGCCGAUGACUGUUGUACUAGACAAAUGGGCCAAAACAAGUGAUUAUAGGUACAAGAAAUUAUUAGAGAGUGACCUAGAGCUAGAAUAUUUUAUUAGUUAUCCAGCCAUGAGAGGUGUUAAUGCGUGUCAGUUGAUUGAUUUGGAUUUUGAUCUACUUUUUCCAAAUAAAGAAGUUGCAUUUUAUAACAGUUUCCAACAUUUUGUCAACAUUUUUUAUAAGUAUUUAGAAAAGUGUCAAACUAAAAUUGUAAAGGAAGUACAAUAUUUUAGCUAUUUAGAAGUGCUUAGCAAACCAGAAAAUCCAGACAUUAAUAUAGCUGCAUUAUAUAUUCUUCCAAGAAUAUUUCAAUCGAAAACAAUUUGCUCAUCUACGUCAAAUGGUUCAAAGAAAAGAAAAGUUGAAAAGUGGAGACCUUCAACUGAAGAAAUUGCUGAUGGAUUUGUUUGUUUUGCUAAAUCUGCAACACAAAUGAAUGACAUAUAUUGCCAAAAAGAAAACAAGGCUAAAAGAUCAAACACUACAGUACAACCAUAUAUUACAUUUUUAUGUCUAGACAUCGAAAAUCCUCUUAAGGUAACUGCAUCUUAUGUGAUAAUUAAUAAGUACCAAUUUAAAGUAGAAACACCUAUGAAAGCAGUUGAUCUGGCGUUUAAAAGUUUUUUUUCGUUAAACCUCAAUUAUCCGAAAGAAUCUGAACAUUUAUGGGAAUUUAUCCAAAAAUAUUUUUAUAAUAUUACCACCGAUCACGACAAACGAUUCACAUCCACAAAUAUAAUCUUAAAUGAUCUAAAACAAUUUUGAUAGUCAUAUUAUUUUUUUUUGUUUAUAUAAAAUACUAUUUAUUACAUAUUAUCAUAUUUUUCAAAGUAACUUACUAUACUCUUUUGAUAAUCUUAUAUACUGUUAUAUUAUCUAUAACAUUUAAAUUAUAAAUUAUUAAUAUGUAGUGCUAUA